UUUCAAACGUCUAGUGCAACGGAAAACACGCCAAUUGUUUGCCGCAGAAGAAACGUAAAAAAAUUACGAUUUUUCCCCACAGUGUUAAAAGUAUAAAUUUGGGUUCAAUUGCAGAGCACAAUGCUUUUCAAAUUUUCGACAUGCCACUCGCUUACAUGAAGUUGAUCAUUUUAUAGGCCGGAGGGUCAUAAUUUUUCUGCUUUGGAAUUUAAAAUAUGUUUUUAUAAGUCGAGAGUUCUGUUAUAUGUACUAUGAGGUAAUAUGGAUGAAAUUUCAACACAUUUUAGCGGCUUGGAUAAGAUGGAAAAGUUAAUGGAUGAAACGGACGUUUUGGCAGAGCAUACUCACAUUUCGCGGAACGGUCUUUCAUAUCAACGGAGGCAGAGGCUAAAAGCAUACAUGAGUCAUAAUGAGUUGCAGCAGAUUUGUUAUUUGGUUGAUUCCCAUGCUUCUACACUGCGGGAUAAAGCCGCCAUACGUUAUCAGCGUACGCUGAUAAAAGACGAACACCCGGAACCAGCAAGACUCAAAUUUUUGAAGAAUGUAAUUGUCACUAAAUGCCCACCAACAGAAAUUGUUGAUUGUGUGGGAGACAUGUUGCGACAAGUGCAGGAACUACCCAAAGAGUGGACAAUAGUUCAAUUGACUUCAUCGAAUAUCACUGCUGCUGAAGUGAAUAAUAAUGAUCCAUCAAAAUAUGUUAUGAAUCCCUUGUGCAUUUCAGUUUUUAAUUGUGGUCAAACAACUGUUGAUCCAUUUUUAAUCACUGUGCCGGAACCUAGAGACCCUGUCAGAGGGAACAUAGUGAAUUUGGUUGAGCAGUUGAUGUCAAUUGUUGAAGAAAAUAGGAAAAUCCUAACAAGUACUAUGGGGCUUAAUCGUUUUUCCACUUACGAAAAAAAAAUUGCUUAUUAUCAACAGAGAAAAAGUAUUGAAAAUGAUUUAAAGAUGCUGAUUAAAGAUAUGGAAAUUUUAUGGUUACAGCAUUGGCGUUGCCUUCUAAUUGGAAAAUCGGUUGACAUGAUGGUGGACAUUAAUCUAAAACAAGAGAUUGAUGAAUUUUUGAAUAAAAAAAUGAAUCAGGUGCAAUGGUCAUCUAAAUCUAAGGCCAUAUUUUAUUAUGCUACUAAGGCCUCACCCCAUCUAACACUUUUGGACCUGAAAAACAUAGUUGAUUAUUGUUGCGAGUCAGCAGUAGAUAAACAUUCAACUCAAGAGCUAAUAAGGUUCUUUAAGCAUUUAGGUAAUAAGUACCAUUUAGCAGACACCACCAAUAUCCAGCAUCCUGUCAUAUUAGUUGUAGAUGAGAUUUUAGAUAUUUUUCCAUGGGAAAUGAUGGAUGUCAUUCAAGAUAACCCAGUGUGUCGGAUGCCCUCACUUCACUUCAUCUAUUUUAUUUACAAAACCUACGAGAGUGAAAUCGAGGAUGGACACAAGAUUGUGACACAAUAUAAGCGUGGUACCUUUGUUGUGAAUCCUGAUCGAGAUUUGGAGAAAAUGGAAAUAAGAAUCAUGAAUUUUUACAAAUAUUGGGUGCCUGAUUGGAGGGGUACCUCUGAUCGUCGACCCACUGGCGACGAGUUCUUGGAGCUAAUUAUGAAUACCGACAUUUUUGCAUACAAUGGUCACGGCAACGGAUCCCAUAUAAUGUCUACAGAAAAAGUACAGCGCAUGUUUGUCAACGCGGUAGUUUUGCUCUUUGGAUGUGGCAGCAGCCAAAUUUCCAGACUAGGUCCUCAAACGGAACCGUACGGGUCUUAUCAUAUGUACUUAAUAGCCCGAUGUCCGUGUGUGGUCGGCAUGCUGUGGGAAGUAACUGACCUGGAUACUGACGUGCUGACGGCCGAAUUUGUCAGUAGAUGGAUACCAUCCACUGCCCCGGUGCACUGGAAAUACGUGACGAACAAAAACGAAUGGAAAAAGGCUCAAAAAAAUGUUGAUUUCCACAACGAGACUAAGGUAAACGGUGAAGGACUUCACAACCCCGAACUAUUAAGGGCGCUCUGUCAAUCCAAAAAGUGUUCGGACUAUUUCAUAACGAGAGCGGCUUGCGUGGUUAGAGGUAUACCCAUGAAAAUCAAACAGGUGGCCAACUCUUCGCAGGAAUAACGUUAAUAGCAAUAUUUUAUAUGCAUUUUGUGUUUGCUUGGGAUUAUAUUACUUUAUAAUUUAGUGUUUUUUUUGAGGUAAUUAUACAGCUAUAUCUAGAAUUUUUUCUUAGCGAUGGUUGAGUGAAAAAUGGAUUUUUUAGUAUAUAAUGUUUUAAUAUAAGUUGUAAUAUAAU